CCGAGGCGGCUUCCGGUCUGAGCCGGAUGUGGCGCCAUGGAGGCCUUGAGGGGCGCGAGCGAGCCCGCGAGAGGAAAAUAAAGGCGAACGAACCGUCGCCGCCUCAGUCCCCUCAGCAGCCGCCGCCUUCCCCUCACGGAGCGGUUCCUCUUCCCCGCAGCCUCCGGACAUGGGGCCUCCGCCGUCCGCUCAGUUACCACAACAAGAGCUGGGCCCGCCUUCGUCGUCUUCUUCCUCGCCUUUUCCUCCGGCCGGGACGAGCCAGCGGAGGGGAGCGACUCGCGGGGUGGGGGUUGCCCAGAAGGCAAGGCGUCCCUGAGACUGGAAAAGGUUCCCACCCCUGCCCUUACAUCAUGCAGCUCACCUGAUUAAAGCAAUGUACUAGUUCAGUGGGUAGCAACCUCUUCUUGCUGAAACUUUUGAAAAUUGUCAGUGGAUGUGACUAUACCAGUGAGAUGCCCAUGGGCAGGACUUCUGCUUCAUUUGGCCCUCCUCUGUUAGGCCUGCCAUGACCGCAUUCUUCACCAGCGUCCCCAACUGGAUUCAAGAUGCAAAGCAGGAGGAGGAGGAGACGGGUUGGAAACUAGUCCCCCGCCCCAAGGGCCGAGAAAGCGAGAGCCAAGGGAAAUGCCAGCACGAACCGUCAGGAGCCUCCUUCCCCAGUGUGGAUAAGCUGAGAGCAAACCCAGAGCAGAGACCCUACGGCUGCCCUCAAGUGCACUGUGGCAAGGCCUUUGCUUCCAAGUACAAGCUCUACAGGCACUUGGCCACCCAUUCUGCCCAGAAGCCCCACCAAUGCAUGUACUGUGAGAAGAUGUUCCACCGCAAGGACCACCUUCGCAACCACCUGCAGACACAUGACCCCAACAAAGAAGCUCUCCACUGCCCAGAGUGUGGUAAGAACUACAACACCAAGCUCGGGUACCGGCGCCACCUGGCCAUGCAUGCUGCCGCCAGUGGCGAUCUCAGCUGCAAAGUGUGCUUGCAGAUGUUUGAGAGCACCCAAGUCCUGCUGGAGCACCUCAAGGCCCACUCCCGGAGGCCGUCAGGCAGCGUGAAGGAGAAGAAGCACCCGUGUGACCACUGUGACCGCCGCUUCUACACUCGCAAAGAUGUGAGAAGGCACCUGGUCGUGCACACGGGCCGGAAGGACUUCCUGUGCCAGUACUGCGCCCAGCGAUUUGGCCGCAAAGACCACCUGACCAGACACAUGAAGAAGAGCCACUCCCAAGAACUGCUGAAGAUCAAGACGGAGCCGGUGGACAUGCUAGGCCUCCUCAGCUGCAGCUCAUCCGUUGCAGUGAAAGAGGAACUGAGCCCCGUCUUGUGCAUGGCAUCCCGGGAUGUGAUGAACAGCAAGAGCUUCCCUGGGAUGCUGCCAAUGGGGAUGUAUGGGGCACAUGUCCCCACCAUGCCCAGCUCAGGAAUGCCCCAUUCUUUAGUCCCCAAUCCUCUGCCAAUGGGAAUGAGCUACCCCCUGGAGUCAUCCUCCCCACCACAACCUCCCCCAAAGUACCAGCUUGGAUCUACCUCAUACUUGCCUGACAAGCUCCCCAAAACAGAGGUGGACAGCUGUUUGGCAGAGCUCCCUGCAGGCCUGUCCCUUGUGCCUGGUGAGCCAUCCUCGUCCUCUCCUCAGCCUAUCACCCUGGAGGAGACUCUGCUCUCCAAGAGUCCUGCUCUGCUUUCUGAAGCUCUCUGUGCUGCUAACAUGGACUUCUCCCAUCUCCUGGGCUUCCUCCCCUUGAACCUCCCAUCAUGCAACCCUCCCGUGUCAUCGGCGGGUCUAGUCAUGGGCUAUUCACAGGGAGAGACCCAGUCACUCCUCUCCACUUUGCCACCGCAAGAGACGCCAGGAGCUGCGACCUCCCUUGGCUUCGGAGCACUUCACUCGCUGCCCUCCAUGUUCUCUCCCGGCUUGGGUGCAACCACCUUGCCACGUUUUCACCAAGCGUUCCAGUGAGGCAGCUGGGGAAAGAACGGGACUUUCCUUCGGCAAGUGGAUUGGGUACAGCAAAGGUGCCCAGAUUUGUUCUCCUUCCUACCGUAGGCUGGGAAGGCUUGAGGGGAGGAGUGCCUGUGUGGACUGGAACUGCCACGCGGACUUUGAUGUGCGCCUCAGUCCCAGACAGUGAGUAGGUUGCAGCAAAUAGAAAUUCAGGUAUUUCCCCACCUUGUUUGUUUGGUAAAUCAGGCAUCAAAACUGACCUUCCUUGGGGCUUCCGUCCUCAUUCCACUUUAGGAGGUGAUUGAAUCGGGGGUCUGCCUCACGUUAGGGCUCAACAUUUCUUCUGCAUUUCAGUGUCUCAGUCCACGGGGAAGGCUGGAAGAGCCUGUUGUCGCCUGCUGCCCCUCCCACAUCACCUCUGCUGGUUGCGCCCAUACAGUACUGAGUGUGUGCAGAGUCAACACUUCCUUUCUUCAGAGCCGCUUCAUUAAGACUCAUUCCAACCGAAUCGUGUUUACGCACCCGUAAAAAGUCUUCCCCCCCACCCCCACCACUAUUGCAAAUCAGGAAGUGCCAGGAACACCGUCCUUGUUUCUGGCACAGCUCGCACACUGUUUACACAAUGGAAUCGGGUCGCCCUGAUUUCACUUCACUACUUCCAUUUCUUCCCCUGUGGGGAAAGCAAAACUGACUAUGGAUUGCUUUUGCCAAUUUAGCUGACUGCUCUGUAGGUCAUGUUUCCUUAAAUCUCGCGUGGGUCAGAAGGAUCCUGCAGCCUAAACAGCCAGGCUUGCUUUUCUGUGUUUGUGAGCGCUCUUUCCCAAAGCAUACGCAGGGAUGGAGGGGAGUGGACCACGGCCUCACCUGUUAAUGGAAGCUUGUUGCUUGAGGGCUUCUCCCCACUUCUUUGGCUUACUUAAGUUCAGCACUGCGGUUUGCCACAAUGCCUUCAAAUUGACACUUGGUCCUUGGCUUUGAAGCACAAAGGAGCUUGCUGAGAGGACCCAGCGCUUAAGCCCAGUAGCAACAAGUCCUGAGAAGAAGCUUCCUUCUACCUCGCCCCACUGCUUGUUGGAGGAAGCCAUUGGGCUGUGCUUUGCAGUAGCCACUCCCACUCUUGAUAAGCCCUGCCCACAGAGCUUAAUAGUUCAGCCUCAUAGGCUUGCCCAAACCGUUCCUUUGCCCAAAGGAAUAGGGCCACAGUCUUGCUCUCCCAGUGGCUUAGCAAGACUUGUGCCACUUGCCUCUUGAAGGAAGUUUGGUAGCAUUUGUGGGUGGCAACUUUGACCUAGCUGUGUCGUGUUCUCAAUAUGCCUUCGUACCCUUGUUCCUGCGCCAUGGGUAUGCUUCCCACAACUUCCUGUGCUCCUUUGUCUCAUUGGGACCUUGCAUUCCUUUGUAAGACCCCCUGGGCUUUUCUGCCCCCCCCCCCCGCCCAGCCUGUUCCUAGCGUUUUCCCUGUGUUCCAGGAAUGUGUUACCCAGUUAAAAUGAGGGCUGCUUCAUAGUGUUUUCUGCGAUCUUGCACCCACACAGUAAACCAAAGGGUUGGGACAUGCAAAGAGUGCAGUGGUUGUCCGGGUUGCUGUCUGUUUCUGCUGCGACAGUUCAGGGUCCCUGCGUGCUUUGCCUUCCAAGGCAAGGUGAUGAACUGGGCCCAUUGGUGCUCCUGGGUUUCUGCUUCUCCAUCAUGCAUUUGCGUGCUGUGUUUGCUGCUUCCUUUCUCCCUCUUGCUUAGAUUCCACUUCCUUUUCCCCUUGCUGUUUCAGCAAGCUGUUUUCCUGGACUAUUCUGUCUGUAUCACAGCAAAUACCUCAUGAUGUAGGUUCCCUUCUUCCCUGUCCUUAUGAAUUCGCACUUGGUAACCUCGUUUGGGGUCAGUCUGCCUGUGUGGCACUUCAGGGUAUCUUCAUGAGCCCCGGAUGUUCACUUCUUCAUACCUCAGAUAUAUACAUACAUAUAUACAUUCAUAUAUAAAUAAAUAAAUAAAGAGAUAUAUGGGGUGGAGUAGGAGUUAAGACAGUAGGAUCUGUUUCUCUUGCUGCCUGGGUAUGAUAAGCCUACCUCUGCCUUCAUCCUAAGAUGUAGUCAGUGGUCUCUCUGGAGCCCCUUUUGCUUCAGCAGAUACAAAGGAAAAUUGUUUUCUACUAGUUCAUGUUAGUUCCAGUUUGCUUUUAAGGUAUGGGUUUUUCUCCCAUUGCCUUCCAGUGUUUAGAUUGCUUUCUGUACAGGAUUUCCCCUCCUGCUGGAAGGACAGGCUUUGUAGGCUUAGCUAGCCCUUCUCUAGCUGGAUUUUUUUCAUAUCAGUUUUAGUAUUUUGCAUUGUACUUACCUCAACAAUAGCAUGUGAAAGUAAGUUCCACAAGCCAUGCUUCUUGAUCUGUUUUUAAGACGUUGCCUUUCUAAUUUCAGCGAGUGCCUUGCGCUGGGUAAAUAGGAGAGUGUCUGGGCUUCUCCUUAUCAUUCAGUAUUUUUAAAUACCUCAAUUGCGUUUCCUGUUCCUCUCUUUUUCCAGAAAUUGCUGCAGUCUCCUAUGCAAUCCUCACCACAUCCCUACCUCGACACUCGUGAUAAAUCUCCAUACUUCUACCUUCUUCAGACUUUUGAACGUAACUGAUCCAAGAUUUCCCCAGGUUGAGUUGCCUUUGUGUUGUGUGACUCUUCCAGUUUUUUGGCAAUUCCUGCCUCGUCUGUUGCCUGCUUUACUGCUUCCAGCCUUGAGUGUUGACAAAAGUCUGACUAAGGAGAAUAUGUCAGCCACUAGCCCUUGUUCUUUUGAAUGUGUCUCCAUGAUUUGGGUCUCUUUGUUCUAUUACCUAACCGAAGGUAAGAAUAGGUGAGAUUUCUGUUCUCCCCAACCCCGCCUAGUAAUUCAGAGCCAACUUGGACCCCAAGCUUAGUAUUCACAUUUAUACCAAAAUAUUACUCUGCUAAUAAUUUGGGGUGGAGUAAGAACUUGAGUGAGAACCAUCCACUGAAGCCAUGUUCAUGUUACAUAUGUAAGAUUUGCCACCAUGUCCCCGUGUUCUUCAGCCCGGAUGCAUUUUGCAGGAGGAAAAAGCAGAGACCAGCUCAAACUGGGGUGAGGAGGAGGAAUGUUGCAGAAUCUUCUGUCCCACUACCAGGGCAUUCUCUCUGUGCAGAACCAAGUUUUCACAGAAGGUUGGUUUUUUUUGUGUGGGGGGGGGGACUUCCUUCACCCCCUUAGCUUUACUCAGGAGUGAAAUUGUCUGAAUACGAAUCUGCUUGGCAGGUAACCUAGUCAUUGUCACAACUAGGCAGUGGGAAGGAGGCAACACUUAAGAUAGGAAUUAGCAGGUUCCUCCCCUUGGUGGAUAGUAUAAUAAAUGGAAAGGGUCUUCCAUUCUCACUGCUCGUCAGGACACAGCUUUCAGGUUACCUUGAAAAGUUAGAUGAGCUGAUGAUCUUAUCUAGUAGCUGUUUAUCCAUAUACCAUUAUUAUACUUAAUGACAACUAGUUCUACAAACUUAUAGCCGGUGGAAAUAAGGAUAUGUUAAGCUACUGUAAGUUAAUUUCUUUGAGGCCCAUAUUAUUUGGAAAGGUAAACAACUAGUCUGUAUUCACCCUUUCCAGCUGGCAUGUGGGUUUUUUUAAAAACAACAACAAAUUCUUCAGUUGUUUCCUUCCUUUCGAUCCUAAAUGUGGCAUAUUUGUAGGGGACUUAAUUUCACAUGGCUUGUUUCAUAGGAUGAUGCCCGUAGAAUUGAAAGUGGAAUUGGGCCUUGGAGUUAAAGAGGUUUCAUUCUUCUUUGCAGAGAGAAUUCAGCUUUAACCAAGACCAUUCCUUCAUCUCCCCCUCUCCCCUAUUUCCCCGGAGCUUUAGAAUUGAUUCAGGUCAUGAUGAGGUGAUCUUGACAGCUGUCUUGUUAAAUGCCACUUGUAUUCUUGUGUAGUCCAACCUGAUAUUUACCACCCUUUCAUGAACCAUUGAAGGCAAAAGGUUUUUCUCUUUCUUGUGUGGCAGAUGCCAGUUCAUGCGGCGCAAAGACUGGAAGGAUCACCUGUUGGAGAUUUCUACCAUGUCAAAGGGGGGAUUGGCUAAAAUGGCUGCAGUUUGUUGGAUCCUCUUGGCCAUUUGAUCACCCUUGGUCUACCUUUUUAGCCGCCCUCUUGAGGAAGCUGGUACUUAGACCUUCCUAGCUUUAGUGAUGCCAGUGUUACAGCACCCCAAACAAGGCUCUUUUGGCCAUAUGUUUGUCUCCCAUUUAGCUUUGCGGUUUCUUCCUGUACCAGUUAGCCACCUGUCUUGUGCCGAAUGCUACAACAUCGCAGCUCUCUGUGUUGGACUCAAUGUGUUGGACUCUUUCCUAUUGACCAAGCUGUUUAUUUCCCUUUUAGUUAGCAAUAAGCCCAAUGGCUUUAUUUUACCAGCAUUGACCUCUUCUCUGUAAAUAGUAAACUAAUCAGGAGGCAGGGAGGGUUGUACCGUCCCUUCCUUUCACUGGCACACCUUAAAACUCAUAACUCAUUUUAUUUUCUUACUGAGGUGGCAAGUUGCUAGAAAUUUGCAGAUAAAAUCUAACAUAAUAAUAAUAAUACGCUUUGCUCUCCCGUCCUUUUGUGUUCAGAUUUUGCCUUUGCAAGUUCUUUUGUUUCUUGCCUUGUUUUGUGGGAUUGACUGUCCCCAAGAAGAAUGUCCUUCACAACAGUGGAAUUAAAUUUUAGGAUACCACUAUUUCUAGACUUGCCCAUUAGAAAGGGCAAAAGCGAAAAGUUGUGCAGCCUCCUGGGAUUAGAAGAGGAAAAGUUAACAUCUUUUGGAUUAGUGAUACAUAGGAAUCUUGGCUUAAAUAGUUAUGCCAGAUAAAAUGAAUGACUGCAAGUGCAAGUUCUGUGCAAAGAGUUUCACUUACAGGGUGUUGUCCACAUGUGCACUGCAUGCUCCCCUCCCCUCUGCAUUGGUGGUCCUAGCGGAAAGGUCCCCUAGACUGCCAGAUCUUAACAAAAAUGGUGAAAAUAGUAUGUGAUCAAAAAGUGGGAGUUUUGUGGCCGAGAGAGUGAGUACGUAUGUUGUCGAACCCUCUGUGAUUCUGGCUUGGUUUGUGUCUUUCUGCAUUUUUUGCAACAGCUUGGGACAUCUCGGAGUGCUUCCUCUCACCAUCCACCCAAAGAAAGAAAUGUUAUGUGUCGUGUCAAUGAGCUAAGUAGCUCUCUGCUGUUAUUCAUGGCUGUUUAAACUGACCCCUCCCCCAAAUCUAGGUAGUCUGGGAAUGGCUGCCUUCGCCUUUCCAGUUUUAGUGUGUUCUCAACCUCUAGGGAGCAUCUCAUUAAAACUCUGGGUUUUUGCUUAGUCUUAAUAACUAAGAGCUGUGGUUUGUUUUGUUUGUUUUUAAAAAUGAAUGCUUUGUAAUGUGUUUUAACCAAGAUUUUACCCUACCUGCUAAACAGGAUGCUUUUGCCUUAGAGCAGGCUGUGGGGCUAUACCCCCUGCCACACACACACACACACACACACACACACACACACACACUUUGUGAUCUGCCACCUCAAGGCAAUGACCAUCACUCCCAUGUACCUGCUGCUGCUUGCAAUGGUGGCCAUGUUCUCAUAAUUUCAUUGUACUUCUGUGUGCAUAUAAAGGAUGGUAAGGGAACAGGGCAACUGCUGUCACCCAUGGAGGCAUUGCAGGAAGAAAACAAGACUUAGUGGCCUCCACCUCACCAGAGAAGAACUAAAGCCUGUGUCUGCACUUGGCAUGGCACGUGCCCCGGGUCAGACAGCUGAGCUCUGGUUGCUCCUGCAAAAGCCUUAAUAGCAUACACUGUGACUCUAGUGUGCUUUGUACUGGGCAGGGUGGGGGGCAGGGAACAUGGGCAGAGGACAACAUAAUCUGCCUUCAGUGGGGCAUGAUUCUUGCUUUGGAAUUUGAGAUUUGGGACAGCAUCUAGGAUUGCUGUAUUCCUCGCCGUCAUUUUUCAUGGGAAAGUUUCCUGUUCCUCUGAACAGCACAAGGAGAACU